AUGACCCUGUAUGUUAAAAUUAACGAAGUUGAAGGCAUCCCAUUGAGGGAAACACCAUCGCAUACAUUCCAAUUGUUGUUUACAGAGUCAUCUUCCAGAGGCCUUGAUAAUACUGAUGUCGUAAAAUCAAAACAACCAGAUUUCAGCGGAAAAGUUUUUAAAUUUGUGCCUACUGACCGCGACAAAGGCGAUCUUGUAGUUCAAUUAGUAUACUAUAAUGACACAGUUCCAGCAACUGUCGCUGGUAUUAAAUUACCAUUAACUUGUUUCCCGAAAAAUAAGAAAAUUAAGAAAUCAGUAAACCUUAUCAACUACACUCUAUCUGAAUCACCUGUUGUACAAAUUAUGUUUCAUUAUGAUACUAAAGGUGCCAAGGCUUUCGACGUAAAAUCUGGCCAUAUUCAUACCGAAAUUUACAACGAUGCUUAUAAAGAGCAAGAUAGGCUUCGUAAAUCAGGCACAAAGCCAAUUGCUAUUCGAACGGGUUCUCAUGGCUCCAAGAAAUCGAGAUCAUCUCAGGGUAACGACUCAGAUGAUGAUACUCCAAUUCAGAAGGCUUCCAAGAGCAAAUCCGAGUCAUCAGAAGAACGCCAGAAACACAAGUCCGAAUCAUCUGAAAAGAGCCACUCCCACGAGGAACAACCCAAGAUCAGAGAAGAUUCUAAGGCCAGAGCCAUCAGAUCUCCAUCUACUUCCGGAAAAGCAUAUGAAGUUCCGGAAGUACCGAUUACGGACGAAUUUUCCGACUCAUCACUCGAGACUCGCCCUGUACAGCUUUAUACAGUUUCACUCUUACAAAAUCCUUACGGUCUUCAGUUGCCAUCUUUGCCAUUCAAGAAAUUCGAAGAUCCAGUUGCUCAGCAAAAGGCCAACAAGGUUCCAAUACCAGUGCCACCUCCACAGCCACUCCAGCAAAGGCAAUCACCACAACCGUUACCUCCAUCACCAGGUGCCGGUACAAACAGCGGCGUCUUCUUCCAGCAGCUUCCUGGCCAACCACCACAAUCAGGAUUCAACGCCGCUUCAUCCAGAACGAUGAUUCCUCCACCUCCGCAAUCAAGCUUCCCAUCUCCAGCAGGACCAGGCAUCAGAGCCUCUCCAUCAGAUGGUCAAGCAAAAUUACAGCUUAAGAACGUUCCAGGAAUGGAAAAUUAUACAUACAAUCAAUACGCAAAUGCUCCUAAUCCAGAAGCAUCCCAAACAACACCAAUUCCAGAUCGCGCUGGACCUAAAGCACAAAUUAACUUCCAAUCUGCAUUUAAUCAAGGCAAAUUCAACAUUCUACCACCAACACAACUACCUCCAUCUGCAAUUCCACAGGGAGCACAAGGUCCACCACCAAUGAUGACUAUGUCACCACCUACACCAAACUCACCAUCGCAAUUACCACCACUCCCAGGAGGUCCUGGAGUUUCCCCUGGAAUCCGAAAUUCUGGCUCCAGCGGAACACUACCAUUAUUCCAGCCGGUUGGAAUGCCAGGACAGCCAACAUCUCCUGCCAUGCCACCGAUGCCGAACCAAGGCUAUCCACCAGGUGGAUUUCCACCGAUGCCAAACUCUCCAAUGCCGAUGAUGCCUCCACAGACACCUCCAAAGCCAGGAAUGCCUCCACAGGCACCAAUUUCGCCACCGUUAGGCCCAGGAAUGCCAAAGUCCGGAAUAUCUCCAGCACAAUCUUCUCCUUCCAUCCACACAUUGCAGUCUCCAGGCAAUUUCCCAAGUCUCGCGAUGAUCUUCAACUCCGGAUCUACACUUCCUCCACCAGCCAACCCACAGCCAUCACCAGGAUUCGUCAGACCAUCGAAUUCAGUUUCGCAAGUUCCUGAUUUCGCUGCCGAAGAGAAGCGCAGACAGGAAGACGCGAAGAGGAUGGCCGAGCUCAGGAGGCAGAUGGAAGAAGAGCAGGCCAGACAAGAGAAGGAGAGACAGGAGAGAGAAAGACAAGAAAAGGAGAGACAAGAGAAGGAAAGGCAGGAAAGAGAAAGGCUUGAUAAAGAAAGACAGGAAAGAGAGAGACAGGAAAGAGAACGCCUUGAAAGAGAAAGACAAGAAUUGGAGCGCAUCGAAAGAGAGAGACUUGAAAAGGAGAGACAGGAAAGAGAGAGACUCGAGAACGAAAGACUCGAAAGAGAGAGAAUGGAGAGAGAAAGAAUUGAACGCGAGAGAUUGGAAAGAUUGCAGCAACAGCAGCAACAACAACAGCAACAAAUGCAGUUUAACCCUGCAAACUACGGAUCCUAUGGAACACCAGGCCAAUUCAAUUCCGGACAACAGUACGGAAUUCCUGGAUACGGACCAGCUCCAAGUCAGUUGCAGCCAACACCACAACAACAGCAACAACAACAGAUGCAGAUGUACUACUACAGACAGUUGUACUCUCAGUACUUGCUCUCUCAGGGUUACACACAUGAAUACCUCAACCAGUACAUGGCAAACUAUCCUCAGCAGUUUGAUCAAUACGCUAUUGAAUACUUCAGAAAGAUUCAAGGACAAAUAUAA